ACGUUUCGAUUAUGGAACUUGCAAGCAAUAGUGAUUAGGUUUUUGAUUCCUGAUGAACUGUCUCCUGAUUCGUUUAAUUUGGCUAUUUGGGUUUUUACUGUAAAUUCUCAGGGUCUUCAGGACGAUGUUUUAGAAAACUCAACUUUAGAGAUCCAACCCAGUCAUGUUAAUACAAUUGUGUGUUUGGGUGCUUCCGCAUUUUGCUAAAGCGAAAAGCAUUUUAGGUGGCUGAAACCCCACCUCUCCGUAAAAAAAGCCCUAAGAGAGUGGGAUGAAAUAAUUUUUCAUUUUUUAAAAGACUCUAGUUAUUUAGGCUCCUAGUUUAUUUAGUAUUUUGUAAACAAAUAGAGAGAGGCAAAUUCAUCAUGGAUCACAGUCACACUAUAAUGAUCAGUACCCAGUAAAAUAGAGACGAAAUUGAUUAUUUCAGUCAGAUCGCUGUCACCCCAUAAUUAUAAGACACUUUACUUCGCUCGUCUGCUUGCCUUUUUAACUGUUCUUGCUUAAUUAGAGGUUCAUUGUCUUAAGUGGGCCUUUUGCUACCUUUUGCUACCUUUAACUACCUUAGGUUACCUUAAUGAGCUAACUAAUUCUGUUAUAAGAUCUUUUCUUUUUUUAAAAUGAAAAUCGCCCAUAAGAAAUUUACACACACAUAUCGUGAGAGAGGAGAGAGCUAAAUUUCUUGGGUUUGAUUGAACACAUCUCUGUAGACACUGCCCUGACUGUUUCUACUGAUCAGUUGGGUAACCUAUAGUCCUAUACCUUCACUGUUUCUUCAAAGCCUUGCCUCUGUGAUUCUAUCAUGACCUUAAGAAUGUUUAUUCUCCACAGUUCAAUCAUGUUUAUCUAUAGAAUUGAGUCAUUGGCGUUGAAUAACAUGGUUUUCUUGCUGGGAUGAUUAUUGUUUUGAUGACAUGGAGAUAACAGCAGUGUUAAGCAAAAUUACAUUCUGAGGACAGUUAGGAGGGUGGGCGAUCUUCAUCUAAGUUAUUAUGUGUCUUGUCUAAUUUUGGUCUAUAAUUUAUUACAGAUAAUAGUUAGAAUUCAUUUGUAGUGGUUGGCAUUAUUCUUGUAAAAUCAAGUUGGGAACAGUUUUUUUUUCAUCAUUUUCUAGAAUUUCUGGAAUCAUAUUCUCAUUUGAAACUCUUUCUGAGAAUCAAUGGCGGGAACUCUUUUCACUGCUUAUUUCAUCAUUUUCAAAAUUCAGAGUAGCAUCUAUUAUUCAUAGCUGCUGUGAUGAAGAAGCUCUACCUGGCUCCUUGGUGGUACAGCUCCUUACUGUGGGGGUUUUUCACUUUUCACGGCAGAUCCAGAUACAGCCAUGUCUGGAAGCACAAGUUGCACUGUUUACAUAGGCAAUCUAGAUGAGAGAGUCUCGGAGAGGAUCUUAUAUGAUAUAUUAAUUCAAGCAGGACGAGUGGUGGAACUGCAUAUUCCUAAAGAUAAGGAAUCCGAGAAACCUAAAGGAUUUGCCUUUGCAGAAUAUGAAAGUGAGGAGAUUGCAGAUUAUGCUGUCAAGCUUUUCUCGGGCCUUGUGACACUCUACAACAGAACGCUGAAGUUUGCGAUAUCUGGCCAAGACAAACCUACUCUAAAUGGUUCUGCAGUGGCUACACCAUCAUCAAAUUCUUCCCACCGAUCGAGGCCCCAGCCUGUGCCAAUAAAUAAUACUGAUAUUUCUCCGCACUCUGCUAGGUUACCAACACCUAGCCGGAUUUCUGAUUACCCUGCAAAUUAUUCCCGAGUUAAUCACCGGGUAGUUGACCAAUCUAGUGAGUAUGGAUCUCUCUACAAUGGCAACGAUUAUGAAUUCAGCCGGAGAGUCUUUGGGUCAACAUUGGAUAACAUUAGCCGGUAUAGGUCACGCCGACAUGAUACAAGUAACCCAAUCUCUUACCCAUCUUACUAAUAUACCAAAAAAUAUCUGUGGGGAGUUAAAAUUUACUCUCCCCCAAAUCUAAUUAGUAUGAGUAGUACUUGACUACUUGUACAUCUUUGUACGAUGUAUGUAAAUGAGAAAUAUUCAGUAGUUAGAAGAUACUGCUUGAUAUUAGCAAAGCCAAUUCAUGUUCGUGCCCCUGUUAUAUAUUUGUUAUGUACUACCAUGUCCAGGCAGGCUAGGUAUUCAUCAACUUAAUUAUGCUGGUUUUGUUCAUCAGUGAAAAACACUUCUUGAGUAGGCUAAACUGGGAUAUGAGGUGAGUAUUUGUUGCCUUUGAUUAUGCUUUUGAAUCUGUCUGAACCCUCAAGGUGUUGCCGCUUAUUGUCGGGGAUGAUCUAGUGUAGAUUGUUCUGGACUGUGGGAACUAUAGAAAAUGUUCAUCUCGUUCAACUCGCAGGUUUAAUUUCAAUUUGAUGGAAUUCUUUUCUAA